CAAAUAUUAAGGUGUGUAAGCGAAGACUCACAUUUUAAAGCAAUGCUUAACAGAGAUGAAAAAAGCGAUUACCUGACUACAACAUCAUGUGAAGAACUUUGGAAUUUAGAUAUAACAAUUUUGAAUACAGUAGGUGUAUCGCUUCGUAAUGCAUUUGGUGGUGAAUAUCGUAAAUCAAAUUUAUUGGAAAUUACAUUAUAUAUUGUGGGACUUAUUGUACAUAGUUUAUUCAUAUAUUUCGCUUUAUACACAUUGUAUGUUGUUAAAAAUAUUGAUUUAGAUUUUAUUACUGAUUUCAUCCCGGUUGUAUUUGGUAUGUCGAUGACUAUUCUAAAGGGUUCAACAUUAUGGUUUCAUCGACGUGAGUUAUUUGAAAUUUUAAAAGAAUUUCAUACUCGAUGGAUUUAUGCCAAGACAAAAGUCCAUUUACACAAUAAAAUUCAUAUGCUCAUCAAUACUUCGAAGAAAGUACGGUAUUGUUAUAUGACUUCUAUUAUAGUCAUCGGUUUAUCUUUUGGUCUACGUCCAUAUUUGUUACUAUUUACUUACUAUUUGAAAACAUUAGCCCUUCAAUCAAAUAGUACAAUUGAUUUUUCAGUGGUUAUUUACCCACUUGCAUACCCAUUUACGUAUCAGACGAUGAAUCCAUACGUUUUAUUGUUACUGUAUGAGCAAUGUGUUAAUUACUUUGCUAUUUGUUACGUAACAUGUGAUACUAUUUUCAUUCAACUUAUGACUCACACUUCAAUAAACUUUUUGGUAUUAGCUGAUGACUUUAGAAAUAUGAAUCAACAUAUUGAUAUUAAUAAUAACGAUAGCGAUAACGAUAAUGAUGGUGUUCAACAUAUGAUAGAAUUGGUUAAGAAACAUCGUUCCAUGUUAUCAAUAUGUGAAAAAAUUGAAUCUUCAUACAGUCGUGUUGUAUUUUUUACAAUGAUAUUGAACGGAUUGGAUCUUUGUUUAUGUAUUCUUUCUUUAGAUAAACAAUUAUCGGAAGGAAAUUGGGAAUUAGUAACAAAAAAUGUAGUUCAUGCAUUUGCACUUUUUGUCCAAAUAAUAAUUUACUGCAAUUUUUCAAAUACGGCUGCAGAAAUGACAGCACGUAUUCAAAAGUCAAUUUAUGACUCGGAGUGGACGAAUUGUAGUAUUAGAUUUAAAAAAAUGUUAAUGCUAAUGAUGACAUAUACUAGUAGAAAAUAUAAAUUUUCAGCAUACGGUAUUAUAACACUUGAUCGUGAACAAAUGACGAAGAUUUUUCAAACAACGAUGAGUUACUUUACACUCUUAAGAAGUUUUACAUAAUUUUUGAACACCUUAAUUGCGGAAUCUUUAAACCUGAAGGUGUAUUCUGUAACUGGUAAAAAGUUUGCAUAGAUUACUCCAGAUGAAAAAUUUAUUAUCGUUGUGAUAAGAUAUGCAGUCGGUGAAAUAAAUAUGCAAAUUAUUUCAUAAAUUAUUAUAAUAUAUUAUACUAAUAAUUCUGUAUAGUGUAUGUGUGUGUAUGUGUGAUUCCCACUGUAAUCAAAAUUUCUGAGAGAUAACUGAAUACUAGUAAAUAAAAAAAGUAAUUUAAUUUACUUACUAAACUCGAAGCCCUUAUUUAUGUUUUCGAAUAAAUAUUCCAUUCGAAGAAAUAACUCGAUUGUUAUUGUCUCUUGUUAAUCAAGUACAAUGUUCACUGUUUUAUAAUAUUUAAAUAUUUUUAUAUAGCAAUGUAUCGUAU